GGGCAGUUCCUUGGCGCAGACUCCAAGGCCUGGGGGCGUGGCCACGCCGGCGUCGACGGCUCCCUCCCCCCCAGAGGCCGGAAGAGCGGCGGCGGUGCGGGUGAGGCGCAUGGUGUUCCCCGCCAAGAGGCUGUGCGUCCUGCCGUCCAUGGAGGGCGUCCGCUGGGCCUUCUCCUGCGGCCCCUGGCUGCCCAGCCGAGCCGAAUGGCUGCUGGCGCUGCGGUCGAUCCAGCCCGAGGAGAAGGAGCGCAUCGGGCAGUUCGUGUUUGCCCGCGACGCCAAGGCGGCCCUGGCUGGCCGGCUGAUGAUAAGGAAGCUAGUUGCGGAGAAGUUAAACAUCCCUUGGAAUCAUAUCCGUCUGCAAAGAACUUCAAAAGGAAAGCCGGUCCUCGCGAAAGACUCGUUGAAUCCCUAUCCCAAUUUCAACUUUAACAUCUCUCAUCAGGGGGACUAUGCAGUGCUUGCUGCAGAACCGGAGCUACAAGUUGGCAUUGAUAUAAUGAAGACUAGUUUUCCAGGUAGUCGUGGUUCAAUUCCAGAAUUCUUUCAUAUUAUGAAAAGAAAGUUUACCAACAAGGAGUGGGAAACAAUCAGAAGUUUUAAUGAUGAAUGGACUCAACUGGAUAUGUUUUACCGUCAUUGGGCACUGAAAGAAAGCUUUAUAAAAGCCAUUGGUGUUGGAUUGGGAUUUGAAAUGCAUCGACUUGAAUUUGAUGUAUCACCAUUAAACUUGGAUAUAGGCCAGGUUUAUAAGGAAACACGUUUGUUCUUGGAUGGGGAAGAAGAAAAAGAAUGGGCUUUUGAGGAAAGCAAAAUAGAUGAGCACCAUUUUGUUGCAGUGGCUCUUAGGAAACCUGAUGGAUCUAGACAUCAAAGUGCUUCAUAUGAAGAUGAUUCUAAACCAUCUCAGAGGCAGUUUACCAUUCUUAACUUUAAUGAUUUGAUAGCAUCUGCUAUUCCUAUGAUACCCGAGGAUCCUUCAUUUUGGGACUGUUUUUGCUUCACAGAAGAAAUUCUUAUACGAAAUGGUACCAAGUCAUGAUAGAUUCCCUGAGUAAAGAAAAGAAAAGGGGGCAGUCUAAUGUGUUCACUAAAAUAAAAUGCUGGAUGUGGUCAAAUUUUAUUUAUCAAAAUAUUUUUAAAGACCCAAAUGCUUUUUAAGAGCAGAUUUCCACUUCAGUGGCUCCUUUGAAUAUGUUUACUUCUUACUGUCCAGAAUUGUAAUUGAUAGACUUGAUGACAGAAUCUUCCAAUGAUAAAUGUGCUUUAUAGAAAGAAAAAAGUGUAAACUUACUGAAGGUAAGCAUUUUUCACAAAACUACCAUAAGACUUGAGUUACCAUUCCAGAAACUUUUGUUGCAAAUGCAUCCAUAUUAACUUUUUUAAAAAGAGAUCAUGUGUUUUGUAAGUUUAAGAAAAUAACAUCUGCUCUUUGUAACUGUUCUUGUUGCAUAGACUUAGUGGUUCUAAGAUACUGCCUUCUUUGAUGUCUGUGGCACACAGUGUAAGGAUUAAGUUGUCAUUAGCAUUACACUACUCAUUUUGCCUUAGCUGUGGUAACAUAACCUGCUGCUGGAGUGUCCAGGUUUCUUUAUAAAGUUGUGACAUUUGUUGUAUCAGUGUUGAAUAAUCGAUUCCCCCACUGAGAUGUCUGACAUUUUUACCACUGUCAAAAACAGACUAUUGAAAGGAAAAGCCAAGCCUGGCUUGGGAGAAAUUCAUUGAGGUAACACUACUGGGCUUGAGUGAGAUGUUUCAUAGUGUACUUAUUUCCUUGUCAGCAGUUUUAAUUGGAUCAUUAAUGCAAAGCAGUAGUACAGUGAAAACUCGUAUUUUGAGAGGUGUGCUUAAUUGCAUCUUGCAGACAGGUUUUAGAAAUGGAAUGACUGGUUCAAAGGGUUUAAACAAACAACUUUGGUAUGUGUUAAUCAUAUUUCUCUUGAAAAACUGCAGUUUAUACUUUAGUUGUGUGUGAACGCAACCAUCUUUGUACCCUUUGGUCAACUGUAGGUAUUGUCUUGCUUUUAUCUGAAGAUUGGAUGGCUUAGUUUUUGAAAGUGAUGCCAUAUUUAAGUUUGCAUUUCUUUCAUAACAAAUGAGGUUGAUAUGCCAUUGUUAUUGGUUAUUUGUAUUUCCUUUUUAUGAACCUCUUGUUCAUCUUACCUGUUUUUAUUUACUAAAUAGACUUAAAUUAUGAACAUAAUAUUAAGAUGCCAAGACCAUCAUAUUGAUGAGAGAAUCUAUCUGGUUGUAGUGCAUGUCUUCAGGAAGUCUUAACUACUGUUAAAUAUUAAAAAGUAGAAUAAUGUCAUUGUUUUUAUCACCAACAUUAAAAAUUGUGUGUACAUAAAA